AUGGCAGAUCAGGAAGUAAUUGUUAUAGAAGACGAUGAAUACCAGAAUUCUGGAGGUACCGAGAAUGGUGAUGUGGUGAAUAGUAAACGGUCAAUGGAGGUAUCUAAUUUACAGAAUCCAGAGGUGGUGAAGAAGCAGAGGUCAAUACCGAAUAUUGCAAACGAGUUAGCGAAGAAUAGGGCCGAGGUGAGGCAACCAACUCCUAAUGUGGCUAAACAAUCUACCCAAGCGCCGCAAAUCAGACCUAGGUUACAUGCGAUACCGUUAUCAUCUUUGCUUUCACCAAGUAUCGACUAUAAUUACUCCAAGCCAUUUCCAGCUCCUGCAGCUGCAGGACCUUCCCAGGCGCUUGUGCCGAAAAUAGAGUCGCCGUAUAUGGAGCGCAUUCUGUCUGAUCCUCGAACGUCAAAAUCCAGUGUGACAUCAGCACCUACAUUAGUAGCUAAUUCUGCUGAUAUAUCGACUGUAACAGCGUCGAAUGCAGGGGCAGACUCUCCGCAGAAUACGGCAGCAACGUCAUCUAGCACAGCAGGAGCAUCUCCAAAAGCGGGAGCAACCGCAGGAGUGGCCCCAGCAGGCAGUGGGACUGCUUCUUCUGGGAAGAAGGCUUCUACAAGGAAGAAGAGAGGUGAUUCUUCUUCUGGCUCUACAACUAAGAAGAGAUUAGAUACCAACAAAAAUACUAGUAAGAAGUCAAGUAGCAAGGCGGCCGCCAAAAAGGAGGAGACAAGUUCAAUGCCAAAAGAGGCUUCGCCCAGUUUGCCACAAUAUUCUUCGGUUUCUACAUCUUCUCAGGCUCGCAAGAUUAUACUACCAUCUCAGGAUGUUCCAGCAGCUCCAAACAGCACUUCACCGCAGUCUCCUGAAGACACUGAAGAACAGAAUAUUCUAAUAGCAAGGAUAAGUUCCCCGGUAAACGCACCUUCUCAGAAGGGACUGAAGAGGUCACAAUCUAAUUUGAAUCCAGGUCAGAAGACUGGUGUUCAAGAUCCGCAAAAGGCUAAGAAGACCCUUUCCGCUUCCAAUGUUCUGAAUGGUAGUACACCAACACCUACCCCUCCGCCACCAGUAUCAGGAAGCUCCACUUCGUCGAAAAAAGCAUCAAAUACAGGUAAUGCAAAGAAGGAAACGAAGACUAAAGGCAAACAAACUUCUUCUAAGAAAAAAGAUAUUCCUGGAACACCUACCGCAGGUUCUGAGGUUAUUCCACCACCUACCACUGCACCUCAGACUCCAAAAAAACUAACACCAGCUCAACCAAUUAAAUCACCAUCCCUAUUAGACGCACUCGAUCAGAAGUCGGGAGGACUCGCUGCUGUUGAUGAUGACCCCCCAAUUAUAGUAGUUGAUGUGCCGUUGCAUCAAGUGGACACAAACGACUACUUGGACGAAAACGGCCAAGUUGUAUUCAAUUUCUAUAACCUUGCCCAUGAAAAAUUUGGCUCACAAAUGUCACGGUCAAGAAAUAAUGCUGGUGGAAGCAGGGAUAAAUCGGAGAAUGGUGAUGACAUUCUUCUUGUAGAGGACGACGAUGAUGAUGACGAUGACGAUGACGAUGACGAACCAGGAUCAAAUGUUGGUAGUAACCCCUCACCCUCCAAAAAUAAUAACAAGAAAAAGGCACAUCCAAUGAAGGGCAAAAGUCGUGUUGGUAAGUAUGACAUCGACGAUCCCUUUAUAGACGACUCUGAAUUGUUGUGGGAAGAACAACGUGCUGCUACUAAAGAUGGAUUCUUUGUUUAUUUUGGCCCGUUAAUACAGAAGGGCCAAUAUGCCACAUUUGAAAGAGUGGAUGGUACAAUGAAGAAAGGCGGUGUUAGGAAUCCUAGGUAA